AUGGCAUGGCAUGAGAGGCGACCAGUACAGGAGGAAGCGCCCGUGGCCGUGGCUGCCCCCCGGCGGCCCUACUCGUUCAGCUACACGGCGACCGACCCGCGGGACGGCUCGUCGCACGGCCGCUCGGAGACGGCGGACGUGACGGGACGCGUGACGGGGUUCUACACGCUGCGCACGGCCGACGGCCGCAGCCGACGGGUCAACUACGUGGCCGACGAGCGGGGAUUCCGCGCCGAGGUUCUCACCAACGAGCCCGGCACGGCCAGCCUCAAUCCCGCCAACGUGGUCUUCAGGUCUUCGGCCAGGCUGCCGUUCCCGUCGCGAGGACCGUCGAGUAGCGCCGCGGCGUCGGCAGCAGCGGCCGCGGCAUCUGCGGCCGCGGCCUCGGCAGCGACGUCUUACGUGCCUGUGUCCGUGGUGCUGCCGUCCCAGUCCGAGAGGCAUCCGGCGAGGACCAUCACGGUUCCGCCCGGACACAGGGCCAUCAUCGUGCCCAUCGAACAGGAGGACGACGCGGCCGGGAAAUGAAGCGCCACCUGACCCCUGCUCUGCACUCCGUCAUCGACAUCUGGACAGCUUAAAGAACCCCGCGAACGGCAGUGACCGGCCCACUUCCUUUCAUUCCUUUUCCCCCUUUUCGUUCUGUUUGUAAAUUUGUGUGUUUUAAGACCGAAUAAUAAACCACGAAACGGUUC